AUGGGCGUGCUGCCCGUCUGCCUCAGCGCCGGGGAGCUGGAGGACGAGUGGGCGGGGGAGCCGGGGAGGCGCCUGCGCGAGCGCUACGCGUUUGCGGCCCGGCACACUGAGUCCACGGGGGAGGCCACCUGCUUAGUGAUCAGCGACCUGGAUGCCGGGGUGGGGGUGUUUGCCAACACCGCCAACACCGUCAACACGCAAAACUUGCAGGGCUCCCUGAUGGCACUGUGCGACGACCCGCUGCUCGUGUCGGCGGGCCAGGAGUGGGCGGCGGUGCGGCGGCGCGCGCUGCGGGUGCCCAUCUACGUCACCGCCAACGACCUCACCUGCCUGUAUGCGCCGCUGGUGCGCGAGGGCCGCAUGGACAAGUUUUACUUUGAGCCCAGCCGCGGCGAGAUGGCGGCGGCGCUGCGCGCGCUGUUUGCCCCGCAGCUGGGCGCGGCGGAUGUAAAGGUGCUCCUGGAUGCCUUCCCGGAGCAGCCCAUGGAUUUCUUUGGUUCCAUCAAGGCUCGCCUGGUGGACGGCGCGGUGCGGCGCUGGCUGCACCAGGCGGGCGGCGCGCAGGGGUUGAGCGCCGCGCUUGUGGAGCGUGACGGAGCGGCGAUGGAGCCGGAGGUGUCUCUGGCCGCUGCACUGGCAGCUGGGGAGGAGCUGGCGGCUGAGCAGCAGGCGGUACUGGACACCCGCCUGUCCCUGCAGUACAUGAAGGGCCUGGAG